AUGGAUUCUCCCAGCCCCGGGAGGCUAGACCGGAAGGUCGGUCCCGAUGGCCGGGAUAAUCAACGACUGAGACCUCGUAUCCAAGCUUUGAACGUCGAAAAGGAAGACGAAAGAUUCUCCAAGAAACAUGAUGAGUUUGGUCCGCCAAUUGCGACAUGGCGAAACAACCUGUCGGCUGCCUCGCAACGAAGGAAUCUCAUUUUCGUGGCGCAUCGCUGUGAUAUCUUUGUUUGGAUUCCAAAGGGUCCUCUUCAGUUAUUGGGUUCCCAUCCCGAAAUGAUCAUCAAGCCUGUCAUGAAGGAACCGUUGAUGGAAGGGUAUAUUGAUCGGGUUCACCCCCACACAAUUAACAAUAUCAUUGUGGAUGACCUAGGCCGUGACGAGGUUCUGUUGCUGGCGACGGACUCGGGAAAUAUCUGUGGUUAUCAUGUAGAGGCGGUCUACUCCGCAGUCAUCCGAUGCGCAAAGAGUGGCUACAAACGACCCUUUGACGGGUCCGAAGUCAACCCGUUCUUCGUGGAAAAUGUUGGAAUGAGCGCCUGGGGCUUGGCCACCCAUAAAUAUGCUCGUCUAAUUGCGGUCAGCGCCAAUACGGGUCUCAUUACUGUAUACGCUUUUGCAUUGGUGGAUCCAGCCGCGGAGGACAGAGGUGAUGAAAUUGAAAACCCCGACGAUACCAGUGCUGGUAUGAGCUCAGCAGAUCAAACUUGGGUACCUGUGGAAAGCAGGAAACAACUCUACGAACUACAUCAGCUUACGCCGCGGAACUAUCGAUCCCGCAACCUGCGACUAACCUACAGAGGUCAUUUCGAUAAUAUUCCUUGCGUCUCUUUUGCCAAUUUUGAUCUGAACCCGAAUGGAAUGUGGAUGGUCAGCACCGAUAUCAGCAACAGGCUUAUUGUCUGGAGAAUAUGGGAUGAUUUAUGGCCGUCUAGGGUGUAUUACCCUGGCCAUCCAUCCAACAAUCCGCCUCAGAGGGGCUGGUCGGUCAUUCCCCUCGACCCGCGCACAUUCAAGCCGUGUCGCACCAUAGAAGAAGCUUGUGGAUGCAAGCCGGAUGCACAGAAUAUUGCGCAACGAACGAUUCUCGACACAUCCCGGGGGGUAGAGGGAGUUCCUGAUGCAUCGCAGAUAUUUGUGUAUGGCUUCAAGCACAAAGACUCGAGCAGAGACGUCGCACCUGCCUAUAUGCCGGAUGAUAUAAUUUCUUCUGAUUGCUGCAUUGAAGAUAAACACCGACCUCGCUCCUAUUUUGGCCUCGAGAAGGACUCUAUGCCAUGGAAAUUCGAUGCUGUCUAUGCCGUUGAUACCAGGACGGAAAGAAGUAGCGAGCCCCGUUUUUACGAUACCAGAAGCGCACGUCAAAAUCGAGUAAAGGAUUCAUUUACUGACAAAACUCGGAGGUCACGGAUACAGGGUCAUUUACCUAACCUCCUCGGAGAAGAUGACCAUGAUGAUCAUCACCGCGUACCACCGUGCUUGAUUCCAGAUGGCUCGGAGGGGGACCCUGACCCUUCCCUGGCGCUACUAAAGAACAAGGCAGUCCACCAGAUCAGCUCACUCUGUGACCGCUUCAAUAUGGUCAAAUACAUUCCGGAGCUAGGCCUCGUGAUAGCAGCAUCUCAAAAGGGACGCGUGGCUAUAAUAUCUCUAACCUGGCACGAAGAAAUCGGUUCUUCAUUCCGCCUGGACUGGAUCGUGCCAUUCUCAACGCAAGAAGCCGAGGAAGAACGCCCUAUUAUUCCCCUCCUCGGCAUCACCGUUAGUCCAAUGCCAGGAUUCGAAAUACCGCAAGACGUCCCGAGUAUCCCACGCGGCAUCGAUCCGACAGAUUGGCAAACAUUCAACUACCGCAUCCUGAAUCCGGACGAAAAUGACCCUCAACAACCAUCUACCACUUCAUCUUCUUCCACGGCUUCUGGCGGACACUGCUGCAACUACUACAACCUCCACCUCAACCCAACAAACACGGAAGAAAAUGGAGACGAAUCCGCAGAAAAUAAUGCAGACAAACCACCGCCCAAGGAACUCACCCUCCCCGAGUCACACGCGCAAGCCUCACUCGCAUACCGUCCCCAUGAACCCUGGCACGGCUGGCACCCAUCCCGCCAUUACAGACUUCUCCUCUUAUUCUGCGAUCACACUGUCAUGAGCUACGAAUUCUGGCACGAUUGGAAGACAUAA